AUGAACAUGGUCUCAUCCGACCGCAACAGCCUCUCGGAGCUCGAGAGCAUGUCUGACUCUGACUGGCUUGACAUCGCUAGCAGCAGAGCAUCUGAUACUGACUCUGUAGCUGGCUUCUCCAGCGAUCGCGACCUCGACGCCCGACCCUCCUCGCGGCAGUCCUUCAACAGCAAUGGCAGCUCGCGCGAUAGCGAUGUGCACGCCUGGGUUGGCCUUGCUGACGAUCUCCCUGAUGAGUCGCCUAGACUCCCGCUGUCGCUGACUGCCCGAUCGGUGGCAUACAAUAGCGAUCUCGCACCUCUUAUACCCGACGAGCAAGAGACUGAAGACCAUGAGGAGGAACAACGAGUUAAGGCUGCUUUGGAUCAAAGCAUGAUGAGCACGCUUAGUGCCACGGCGUCGCGUUCUAAUUCGAACUCGUUGAAUGCAUCGCUCUCCUCGAUCGUCCAAUCUCGCGACCUCAGGUUGUCGUUCCCCGACCCACUCACUAGCUCCCGGGACGCACUACUGAACACGUCCUACGACCACGUCGUAGACCAUAUCGACGCUGAUGUGCUUCCCUCUAUGACAGCUGACUCGGUCCCGGAAACGGACCCGGCGCCUACUACUGCGGAUCCGGGUGCGCAUGCCACGCCUGUGGUCCCAGAGGAUGAUACGUGCGAAGCUGCAAUCAGCCCCGACUUCUACAUAGUUCUCUACGGUUCUUCAUCCGCGGUGAAGUGGUCGCUUAUCGAUAAGCUCCUUGAAAGAGCAGCCAAGGGGCAAGGUCUCACCCUUACGUCGAAGAUCGUCGGCCUCAUCGACGGCUACGUUCGCUUCCUCUCAGCGAGUGAUUCAAGUCACAACCGCGUCGUAUCGGUGUUGGACCGGACUGAGGUUCUGAGUGCCGACGACGUUGGUUUCAGUAUCAUCGACUUGCCCUGCUCCGCCGACCAAUUGCUCGAUGCCGAGCAGCAUUGGGAGACACUGGGCGUUUCUCGUAGGAAGAUUGUGGCUCUUUCAAGCGGCUCCUCCGUCGUGGAUCAGGAAGAUGUCGACCGCGCAGGAACCAGGCAGAUUACUCGCGCGCUGCGCCCGUUGUUCUUUGCUAACGAGCGGAAGCCAGCGCAGCGACUUGCAGUCAAACAUGCAUGGAAAAUUCUUGCAGUAUUUUCUGUCGUGUUGGGGUGCGCCAUCAAGGGCUCACUCAAUCACGCCGCUUUACAAUCCAUGUCGUCGCAGCAGCAGACCGCGCCUCCCCCAACUUGGAGUCUAGCGAGCCCUAUUACGCCCGCGAUCAACCAGUCAGUACCGGCUCCCGCCACCCAUUCGGCACUUAUUCCCUCGGCGCUGAAGGAUCUUGCGCUGGCGGUGCUUUCCCCUUCCAUCGUUACUUCUACACCGGGAGCUGGUCCGUCCACGGUACCGUCGACCGAACAUGCGGCCCCCAAUUCGGCGUCGGAGGAUGCGCCGUCUGAGUGUGCUUGCGGCUGCGGCCUGAUCACAUGGGCGGGUAAAUCGCAUCGUGAUACCGAUUUGGCUUUGCGUCCCACCCCGCCGCCACCGUCAGUACGUCAGUCUGGCAAGUCUGCUCUUGCUCUGAUCCCUUCGCCCACCCAUCACCAGGGCAAGGGUAAAGGCAAGGGUAGGGAGAUUGCACCCGCGGACGAGUCGCUAUUCGCCGUCGGUACCUGGUCGGGCACAUCGUUGUCAAACUACCUCAGUCUCCACUCGGUCGCAUCUGUGGUCAUGAGGGAUAUCCAAGAGAUCUUGGAUGCCCUCGACGAGUUGUCGUACGCCAUCCUCCGGCAGACCGCACUAGUUUGGGAGAGCUCGAAGGACGCCGCGCUCGCACUACAGGCGAUGGUCCAGCACGAGCACAAGCGCAUGCUUACGAAGGCGGCGGAGCUGACGGAGUUUGGAGGACGCCUGCUUAGCUCUGUGCAGGAGCGUGUCAGAGGACGGGUGGCCAUCGCGAAGUCGAAUGCGAAGGCCGUGCGGAAGAGCGUGCUACCAGCGAGGGUGUGGAAGGCUGCUACGCGCUUGCAGACGCCGGAUGUUGGAAACAUUCGCAAGUUGGCCAGGGAGAAACGGAAGAAGGCGGGCAAGAGGGCGCGUCGUGCUCUCAGGCAGUGAUGGGGCCACUCUAGUGUGUACUUUUACCUCCGGAUGCGAUUGGUGCGUUUAUAUGGACACAUGCCAUUCUUUAUUUUCAUCGUCAUUCCUCCACUCCUUCAUCAAUAUAUGUUAUUAUGGUUGCCACCAUACAUGUAGUACUAUCCGUAGACUGCAUCUUCAGCGUUCCCGCGUACGAUCGCUCGUACUGUUGUACUCGUAUCCCUCUGUACUAUCAAUGUAUGAACAUGUGUUUUCCA